AUGCGUGUUUCUACCAGCCAGAUUCUGGCUGUAGCUGCUGUCUUUUGGGGCACGGCGUAUGCUGCAUGCACUUCAAAUUUGGUUAUAGACGACUACUCAACUUAUUCAACUAAUAUCAACAAGCAAGGAAGUUGGACAUCUGAUGAUGGUUCAAUGGCUUCAAUUACGGCCAACACCGCCGCCAAAAAGCUCACCUUCACACCCAAGGCAAACGCUUACUUCUAUGAGUCUUUUGACUCAUGCAUUGCUGCCACAACCCAGGGUUAUAAUGCAAUUACAUUCCCGUUCAAGAGCCCUGCUUCUGGAGCUUCCUUCACCCUUGAAAUACAGACUGCAAGCACCUGUGCAUCAACAACCUACACCAGCUACUUCUAUACUGUUUCUGGUCUGACGGGUGCAACUCAAACCCUCACAAUCCCGCUUUCCAGCUUUACUGGUGCCAAUCUUAACGUGAUCAAGUCCUUUGUCUGGUCUGCGUUCAGCUCCAACACCGCUGGAUGGGAACUUGGUGAGACCAAGCUUGCCUGUGCGGCCGGCACUGGGUCAUCAAGCUCUGCUACCGUAACACCCACUGGAACCUCUUCGUCAACUAGCGUAACUGUCACCUCCCCAACUGUCACCUCCUCGACUCCUACAACUUCAGGGACUUGCUCGCCUCUGGUCGUUGAUGAUUGGGCAUCACAGUCCCGUCUUACCUUCCUCUACUACAAUGCCAUGCUCAAGGCAUCGUCAGAUGAUGGUACUAUGACUUCUAUCGUCGUUGCCAACAAUCGGGUUACCUUUACCCCUACCGGCAACUCUUACUUCUACACCAACUUGGACUGCACCAGUGCCACCAACAAGUAUGGUGGUAUUGGAAUGCGCAUCAAGGCUGCUGCAGGCACUACAUUCACUGUUCAGAUGCAAUACAGUGCUUCAUGCAGUGCUUCUAACUUCCAGUCUGUCGACAGGACCACAGCACAGCUUGGAUGGACCUUUGACGGCACUGAGAAGUUCUACAGCUUCCCGUUGUCGACCUUCACUGGCCUCGAUACCGGCCACUUGAUGUCCAUCAUGUUUUACAACUACAACAGCAAGCCAGUCACCCUGGGCCCGCUCGCAUUCUACUGCGGUAGUACUGCUAAGGAGUAUGUUGUUGCACCUACGCCCACUGACAGCGUCGCAACCAACACUGUUCCCGCAACUUCAGCCACCGCCACCGCUUUCGUGAUUGACCAGUUCACCGGCCCCGACUCUAAUGCUCUCGGAUUCUGGCACGGUGGUGAUGAUACCACUGGAUACACCAUUUCCGGCGGAAAGCUUACCAUCAGCUACAAGGACAGUGAUCUCGCUUGGUACACUCAGAUCUCUGACUCGUGCCGUGACAUGACUACCUACGCCAAUGGUUACCUCCACAUUGCAUACACUGGUUCCAGCGCCUUCUCUAUUGCCUUCCAGCAACACAACUCUGGUUGUAACGCCAAUGUAGCACCGUACCCAGAGACUUGGGACGAGGUCGAUGCCGGCCGUUAUGCUACUGCCACCGAUAUCUAUGUCCCCAUUGCCCACUUCGACAUCAUCAAGACCCGCACCAUUGGAUUCGCGCUCAAGGGCUUCACCGGAAGCACCAACACCGUCAUCUCCAAGAUCGAGAUCGUCAAGACCAUCCCAUCAGGCGUCACCGUCCGCUCCAAGCUCCCCACCGCGCCAUUGGUGUUCUCGUGCUCUGUUCCCAACUCACUCGCCUUCGCCAUCGAUGACGGCGACCCACAGCUCGCCCAGCAGGUCAUGCAGAUCGUCAAGGAGGAGAAUAUCAAGGUCACCUUCUUCACCGUCGGUGCCGCCCUUCUCGACACCUCAACCAACCUUACAAACGUCUACAAGGAGAUGAUGGCGCAGGGACACCAGGUCGCGUACCAUUCAUUCACUCACCCGAAGAUUGAGGGUCUCGGCACCAACGAGGCUAUCGAUUGGGAGAUUCAGCAGGAUAUCGACGCCGUCACCAAGACCCUCGGUAUUACCUCAAAGUACUUCAGACCUCCGUUUGGAAAUGAGGGUGCGAAGAUGAGACAGCGAAUUGCUGCGUUGAUUCCUGGUGGAAAGCUGAUCAACUGGUCUAUUGACUGCGAAGAUUGGCUAUACGCUACCUCCAGCACCCCCGAGAAGCAGCUCGACGCCUUCAAGCGCGAUCUGGCCAAGGGCGGUAACUUGGUGGUUAUGCACUACCUCUACCCCAGCACCGUUGGGUACUUGAAGCAGUUCAUCCAAUUGGCAAAGGCCAGUGGAAAGAACUUGAUGAGAGUUGACCAGUGUCUCGGUGACCCGAAUGCCCCGGCUCUUUAA